UACUACUACUAGUAGUGGCAGCGUUGUUCAAGGAAGGAAGAUCCUGAAGCGUUUCUGGUAGAAUCAAGAGAGGCUCACACGAACGAAACGACACAACUGGUGGGCAUCGGUGAGUUGGUUCGGUAGGGAGGUGUCUCCCGGUCCUCCAACCAGAAGAAGCGAGACGACGACGACGAAGGAGACCUUUGGCGGUUACACACGGCAUCCUACCGUCUUCUGGUGUGCCUACCUAUUCGGGCUACCAGCGAACCGAGCGGGCAAACGGAGCUUCAGUCGACGCCGCGCACCCAAACGGUCCAGACCUGUCAGCCCGGAAGACAGCAUCCAGACACACGUUCGAUAGAGAAUCCAAUAGACAAUCUCAACGUCUCCAACCAGUUUUCAAGGAUUCUCUUCCCUUUCUUUCUCACACUCCCUCGUUCCCCUACGCGGAUAACAAACGCACGCAUAUUCGCUGACCAGUUCCAAAGAAAUUUCAAAGGGACGUUUAUUUGACCAGAAGUCCGGCAAACAUCGCGUCCUCAGAGGGAACUACGAAGCGUGUGCUUUCUACUUCGACCGGUAGAGAGAGCUAGGAGAGAAAAAGAAGGAGAACGAAAAAAAAAGAAGAGAGAGAGAGAGCGUGUUCCCGCGAGGAGGUACAGGCCGAGUGAUCUCACUCGCAGGAGUUAGCCGGUCGGGACUAGGUUUGCGCAGGAGGAGAAGAGCGACACCGAGAGAGCAUCGUGAGAGAGGGACCAAAAGGAGAGAGGAAGCUCGGUGAAAGAGAGAAAACGUGCCCCUUGUCGGGACAAGAGGGACAGAGACGCCGUUAUAGGCUUGUAACCUGGUGGAGGGAGUGACUCGAGGCGUUAGCAGGACCGCGAGAGAGGAGGUAGAGGGAAAGGAGACAGAGAGUCGACCAAGAGAAGGAGCGGUGGGAAUUUAUAAGGAUGUUCGCGAUAAUGCCGAUGGAGACAGAGGGGCACGGCAGGGAGUUCGGCCGCCGGCAGAAGAUGCGCGCCAAGUGCACGGUAGAGUUCGUCUGCAAGUACUGCCAGCGGCGCUUCACGAAGCCCUACAACCUCAUGAUCCACGAGCGCAGCCAUAAGGACGACGUGACCUUCACCUGUGAGGUCUGCGGAAAGUCCUUCAAGCGACAGGAUAACCUCAAGCAACACAGAUGUGGGUGGCGGUGAGCGGGAGCUCUGAACCUCCUGCACCUUGACACACACACAAUGUACACGCAACAACAACAAUAUCAACAUGAUCAACAAAAAGAAAUUCUAACAAUUCAACAACAACCUAUAACAACAAAAAGUUGCAAUCCACGUUCUUCUCUAUCGUUUGACAUUUAUAUAUACUUAUAUAGUCUUCCCCUCUUGUUUCUAUUAUCUUUUUAUUUCUUUUUUAUCGUACUCGUCACUCAAAAUUUGCCGCGUUAUGUCCCUGUCGCAAUCGCGAGAACAACGCACGAUCAUCGAUUCCGUGCAUUGCUACCGCCACCACGAGAUAAAGAAAAAAGAACAAGGAAGGAUAUAAUACACCCAGCAUGCUAUAAAAGAUCUACACUUCUAUCAACGCUAUCACCUUUUUCGAUAUUCUUCCGCUGUUUCUGCUACGAUCGACGAUUCACGAUCGCAUUUAUCGCCUUCUAAUUUCUACUGAUACUAACACGAGCGCGCACCACAGCCCCCUCGCUAAUCGCGAAGCGGUGGAAUUUGAUUUGCUAAUUAGGAGAAGAAAAAAAAGUGAGGGAGAGGGAGAGGAAGCAGACAACUUCUUGAAGAGAAUUUUCCUCAUCUUCCGAUUUCCACCAUCUUUGUUCCAGGAGCAUACACUCUGUUCCCUACAAGGGCUCCAACGGCUACUCAAAUGGCUAUUCGAAUGGCUACUCUAGGUACUAGAAGCCAUCCGGCCAACUAAUAUCCUAAAUCUUCUCCCGUAGAGACGCGUUUCUCUCUGUUUCUGAUUAGGCUAGUUUCAUGCCGCGCGGUCGUGGUUCAACAAAUAUUUUUUGGAAUUUCGACGAAGCCUAUACGUAUGUACAUAAACGUACGACGAUGGAAUUUUAUACAUACGAGCAUGCAAAUGAAAUGUAGGAACGUAAUAACGUGUCGGCCGUUCUGUUCAGAAACAAUUAGAUUCUAGAUACUAAUUUUAAAUGACGAUCGAAUUACAAGAACGCCUCUUCAAUUAGAAAUCUUGCUCCACAUCGAAUCGAUCGUGAAUUAUGUUGAAUUAUCGUUCUUCCAGUUCCAUUGAAAAAUUAAGAAACGAAAGAAAAAUCAGUAGAAAGAACGAGAUCUGAACUCGGUAAAUGUUCAGACACCUUGCGUUGGAAAGAAACGAAAGGAGAACGAGCGUGACACGAAAAACGAUAGAAAAAAAGCUCUCGACAACGAUCCAACGAUGAAAAUAAAAAUCCACGUCGAAAUUCCGAGAAUCUUUUGACCCGAUCACGCGUCCAUUCUUCUCGAUGUCCGUCUGUCGGUAUUCCGAGUCGAUCGAUUAAUUAAUCAACUCGAAAAGACGCAGCGCGUCAGCCUACUGAGUCGCAAGGGAAACAGUUCCGUAAUUACUGAUCGUCUCCUCGCCUGUCUUACGAACCUCGCUUCUCGCUCCUUCAUUCCGCUUCUCCGAUUAUUUUUUAUUUUUUUUUUUUUUUCGCUUCUACCACUUUCCUAUAUUCCGAGCCUAGACACCUAGACGCCAGCCACAGCAAGUCAUCGAGACUUUUCAUCGCGACAAAAGACAUGGGGAGACAGAAACAAAACAAGAAGAAUCACGUCAAUGGUGUCAACCGUGUUAGAAUUUCAUCGGCAAGAGGCUCCCGAGGAUUCCAUGCGAAAUCAAAUUAAUCGAAUCGUUGAAUUCACAUCAAGACGAGAGCUGGAAGUUAGAAUACCGAAGAUCUGAUCACGACACGUUUCACAUUCGUUAAACGGAUCUCUAUGGUCUUUCGAGAGUAUUUCAAGCAUUCCUCGAUCGAAAUUUCUCGACAAUUCGAAGAACGUGCGAGAUAACAAACGAAAUCGUUCUACUUCAACGUGUUUAACGAAUGUCCGCCGGUGAAGGAUAGUCAGGAGUUGCAUAAGAUCGUGGAAAGGCAGACAGGGAAAUCUAACUUCGUUAUCAGCGACACGUUCGAAGAACACGAAGUAUAUGCCCAACCAGUUUUCGUUAUCUCGAAAAAUCUACUCGCCCGUGGUUCCUGCUUUCUCCCGACCGAGCUAAGUAACAUCUUAAUCAUGGAAAGCAAAGCCGCCGUAAUUCAGUUCGAGCAUCCAUGGGAACAGAGCAACGAGGCCAAGGUCGUACGAAGAAAAUCAUCGCACGCUUUCGUCCGUAACAUCGACAUUUCAUCGCUUGCCAUUCUCGCCUUACCAAAUUCGAAACUAUUAAAGGAACUGCAACACGCGCGAGGAAAUCCAUACGCACGAGAAUCUUCGGAAAGGUGGUCAGAAAUAAAUUAAAAGAUCAGACUGAUUAAUCUCGCGAAAGAAAUGCCUGUCGAGGGCCCACGAAUCCGGCGAACGAGGCAUCGAGAAAUUUGAAUUUCAAUAUCAAAGGGGUCUCGGAAUCGCCGAUUGGGAUUCACGUUGGCCCGGAAGCGACUAAUUUGAAUUGGAAGAUCCGCUCGUUUCACGAGCAGGUGGCAACAAGCGGAGAAAAAAGGAAGGCUCCGUGUCAACAGUGUUACACGAGGACCCCGGGCUAGAGUUCCAAAUUAGGCCGCGUAAUAACCCGCUUCAAAGAUGCUGCUGAGGACCGGAUGCUACCGUGGGACCACGCCCAGGCCUGGAGCGACGCGUUCUUGGCCCGACAUCAACAUCUGGCCAUCAGGAUCACAGCCGAGUCGUCUCGAGGGCUCGGUUCCGCGUGAUUCAACGCGAUUCAACGGGAAGAAUCGAAUCAAGAUAUCUCGGUGGUCCCAUAGCGUACCAAGGCGAACCGAAAUCGCGAGCGAAGCAACAUCUAGCCGGAGACGCGACCAGACGACCUUGGAAAUGUGAAACAAGGCGAGUCCGCUGACGCAGAUAGCAGUCAGCUGGAAUCGGUUUCCAGUGGAUGAACCGUCGACUCUGCAAGUGUCUCUUCGAUUUCGCGCGGAUACGAAACCUCGGCCGUUCGAUCGAGAACGGCAUGAUCGAUUGCUAUCGAGCGUUUCCUAGACUGGACAACCGUUGGCGCGACCGUAUCGUUCUUUCGUCUUCGUAACCUUUCUCGUGACUUCGUUGCUGAACAUCGGCAUUGGGAAAAGCGUUGGGAGAAAACGGAAACCGGUCAGGCAUGUUCGAAUCUAUUGAAGAUUGUCAUUGGUAAUUUUUGGUUUCAAGGUCUUAUUAUUGGCUUUCUACUUCGAGGAUAUUUUUCUGUUGAUUUCAAGAUUAGUUUUCGAUGAAGAUCGUGUGCUUGCCGAAUGGACGAAAAAGAAAUAUCAAAAGUAUGAAAUUAUCGAUCGUUCGAAAUAACAGAAGUUCCUUAAGAAACUGUUUCAAAUCCGACAAUCACCAGUCAUCUUACAAUGUAUUUUACCAGGCCGCCAUAGACGAAGAAACAACUAUUUCCUUUUUCCGUCACCGGACGUUCGAUCAAAAUAUAAUUACUUUGCGCAAAAUUUAAAUUUCAUACUUCCCUGAAAGGAUGAUGUAUUACACGCGACUCGAGCUGCACACAGCUGCCUUUUAGUUUUUGUUCUCUUUCUUCUUAGGGAUACAUUCUGACACGGUCGUGUGUCGGUCGCGAUCGACAAAUUUCCGGGACUAGUUUUAACGCGUCCACGUUGUAAAUUAAACACUUACACGCAGCGUGAAUGAGAAGUAAAAAUAAUUGUUUGAACGACUCCGACUUUCGUAAGCUGCGACGUCUCGAGGGUGCUCGAGAUGGAUCGAUCGGUCAAUUGUUCGUCAGCAUCGAAAGUCUGCGGCGAUCGCAUCGACAAAAAGCUAUAAAAAAAACUUGAUUCGAUCCCUUGAGGUAUUGAAAUUGUAUUAAAUUCAACUGUCAUCCUCUCGGGAGACCUGUUUCUCCGGAACGGAACGGAAGUUAGGGAAAGAAAAGGGACGAAGUUGGAAAAAAAAAGGAAAGAAAAGCAAAGUCGCGCUUUGUAUAUACCUUGAAAAUGGCAAUUUAUCGCUAUAUUUUCUAAUAUUGUAUCGUAUUACGAACAACGCGAUUAUCACGUGCGUAUUAUUAUUAUUAUUAUUAUUAUUAUAUAAUUAUUAAUUAUUGGACGAACGUUAUGGAAGAAAACUGAAAAAAAUUAAUAGUCGUUAGUCAAUACGCAUCGUAGCCAAUCGAUAGGCCUCUCGAUCCCCGUAGAAGCUGUAUUCACGUUUUUACCGAUUAAUAGAAGUGAUAAUAAUGUUAUUAUUAUAUUUUAUAUUAUAUAUUAUUAUAUAUUAUAUUAUAAUUAUUAUAAUUAUAUAUUGUAACGUGUAUCUAUAUCUAUAUGCCUGUAUCGCUGCUAGCUUUACAAGUGAACCGAGGCGCACGGUCAGCCCGGUGACAAUGUGAAAAACAGACAGAACGUAUGUGUGCGUGAAAGAGUGUGAGAAAACGUAUGAGAGCUAGAGAGAGAGCGAGAGGUGAUUCUGUUGCUUUUCUCUCGAAGAGAGAUAAGACGACACGAGUAUGCGUGACACCUCUCCGUGUGCUUUCGGGGAAUCGCAUUGUACUUGUGGGCACGUCCCACCCUACCGGCCUACCAAUAAAUUUUGCCAAGUCGUAAAACGCU